GAAAAGGUUUGACGCGCUCCCCCACAUAAAGUGUUUCGGUUUUCCUUAUUUUUUUUUUAAGCUCUUCUGUGAUAAUGAAUGUGAAAUAUUUGUGGCUGAUGUGUGGCCUCUUGGCCGUGGCAUUUCCAUGCAAAGCACAGGAGGGGCAGGAAUUGGGCUGCAUUUGGUAUGGCCAGAGUCAUCAGAUUGGCAAUCACUGGCAGAACAAGGCGGACACGAACCCGGCCCGAGCCCUCAACAAUCCUGAUGCCGAGGCCGUCUUUGCCCGGCGCUGUCCAGUUCUCUACAAGGAGUACAAAGGAGCGAGUGGACAGGACGAGCUGAAGCUGUGCUGUGAUGCAAAUCAGAUCUAUACCAUGGAUGCGGGUCUUUCCCAGGCGGAUGGAGUGUACUCCAGGUGUCCCACAUGCACCAAGAAUAUGGGACAGACCGUGUGCGCCAUGACCUGUGCCAAGAACCACACACUCUUCCUCACGGCCAACAAUCAGUUUCUGGAAAAUAACGUGGAGUAUGUUGAGUCCAUAAGGUACAGAAUAUCGGAUGUGACCGUACAAAAGGUCUACAAUAGCUGUGCUGGCAUACAGCACACCCAGACAGGUCGUCCGGCUAUGGAUCUCGGUUGUGGUGGCUAUAAUGCCAAGACCUGUACCUACCGCAGAUGGUACGAGUUCAUGGGCGAUGUGAGCGGUGAAUAUGUACCCUUCCAAAUUACAUAUGAAUGGUCCGAGGAUGCCGAGGAGGGUUCCCAGGAGCAGUACCUAGAGCUGUUUCCCUUGGAGUGUGGCGAGAAGUACGACGAUAGCUAUUCCUGUGCCUGCAUCGAUUGCGAGGAGUCGUGUCCGUUGACGGAUGCACCUACAGGACCGGAGGAUCCCUGGCAAAUAGCCGGCCUUUACGGCGUCACCUUCAUUGUUUCCCUAACCCUAGGCCUGAUUCUCGCCGUGGUGAUAUGCUGGGGCUCUCUUGGUCGCACUGCUCCUCCAAGCAUCUGCAUGCCCACUCUCUUUGGGGAAUUCUUCUAUGUGGGAUUUCGUGCGUGGGGCACUUUUUGUGCCAAACAUCCGGUCCUGGUGCUGGCCCUGUGCUCCUGGGCCAUUGCCGGUAUAUCGUAUGGCAUCAGGUACAUGAGCAUCACCACGGAUCCCGUGGAGCUGUGGGCGAGCGACCAGAGCCAAACACGCAUCGAGAAGGACUACUUCGAUCAGCACUUUGGCCCUUUCUAUCGCACCAAUCAGAUCUUCAUCAAGGCCAUCAAUCAGUCCAAUUUCACCCAUGAGUCUGCCAGCGGUCUGCUAACCUUUGGUCCUGCCUACGAGUACAAUUUCCUGAAGGAAGUCUUCGAGCUGCAGGAGGUUAUUAUGAAGCUGGGACUGGACGAGGGCGAGGGCAUGGACAAAAUAUGCUAUGCCCCGGUGCUGCUGGCUGGCCAAACGGCCACUGUGGAUGACUGUGUGAUACAGUCGAUCUACGGCUACUUCCAGCACGAUAUGGAAGUAUUCAAUACCACCUACGAGGACAACAACGGCUAUACGAUCAACUAUCUGAACAAGCUGGAAGACUGCCUGCGAGUACCCAUGUUGGAGGAUUGCUUUGGCACCUAUGGCGGUCCCAUUGAGCCUGGCGUAGCUGUUGGCGGCAUGCCCAAGGUUGCCGUGGGUGACGAUCCCGACUACAUGAUGGCCACCGGACUGGUGAUCACCUUCCUGGGAAAGAACCAGAAUGAAGCAUCCAAGCUGGAGCCCAACAAGAAGUGGGAGAAGCUAUUCGUGGACUAUCUCAGGGACUACAAGAGCGAUCGCCUGGACAUUGCCUACUCUGCGGAGAGAUCCAUUCAGGAUGCCAUUGUGGAGUUGUCCGAGGGCGAGGUGGGCACUGUGGUCAUCAGCUAUGUGGUUAUGUUCAUCUAUGUGGCCAUCGCCUUGGGUCGCAUACGCAGCUGUCGGGGAUUCCUGCUCGAGUCUCGCAUCAUGCUGGCCAUCGGCGGGAUUGUCAUUGUGCUGGCAUCGGUCACCUGCAGUCUGGGCUUCUGGGGCUACAUGAACGUGACCACCACGAUGCUGGCCAUCGAAGUGAUACCUUUCCUGGUGCUGGCCGUUGGUGUUGACAACAUCUUUAUUAUGGUGCACACGUUCCAGCGAUUGGAUCACAGUCGCUUUGAGACCACCCACGAGGCCAUUGGCGAGGCCAUCGGCCAGGUGGGUCCCUCGAUCCUUCAGACGGCUGGCAGUGAAUUUGCCUGCUUUGCCAUUGGAGCGCUCUCCGACAUGCCGGCGGUGAAGACAUUUGCCAUGUACGCAGCGGCGGCCAUCCUGCUCGAUUUUCUCCUCCAGAUCACUGCAUUUGUGGCCCUGAUGGCCAUCGAUGAACGGCGGGUUCUCGACGGUCGACUGGAUAUGUUGUGCUGUGUGCAGACCAAAAAGAAGCCCAAGGAGGAAGGGCCCCAAGAUGUAGGCGUGCUGGAGAAGAUGUUCAAGAACUUUUAUUCCCCCUUCCUGCUGUCAAAACCCGUCAAGGUUACCGUGUUGCUCAUCUUUACCGUGAUCACGUGCCUAUCGUUGAUGGUGGUGCCCUCGAUUGAGAAGGGCCUGGAUCAGGAGAUGUCCAUGCCCAAGGACUCGCAUGUGGUCAAGUACUUCCGCUACAUGGUCGAUCUCCUUUCCAUGGGUGCCCCCGUGUAUUGGGUGCUCAAGCCCGGCCUUAAUUAUUCGGAACAACUGCAGCAGAAUCUCAUUUGCGGUGGCGUCGAGUGCAACAACGACUCACUCUCCGUUCAGCUCUACACACAAUCAAGAUACCCGGAGAUCACAAGCCUGGCCCGUCCCGCCACCUCCUGGCUGGAUGACUACAUCAACUGGCUGGCCAUCAUCGAUUGCUGCAAGUAUAACGUAACCACGAAUGGCUUCUGUCUCAGUAACUCAAAGAGCGAUGACUGUCUGCCCUGUGAGCGGGAAUUCACAGAGAAUGGCCUGAGACCCACUCCCGAGACUUUUAACAAAUAUUUGCCCUACUUCCUCUUCGAUAUACCCGAUGCGGAGUGCGCCAAGGCCGGUCGAGCUUCCUAUGCGGACGCCGUCAUCUAUACAAUAGAUGAUGAGGGCAUGUCCUCCGUGCAGGAUACGUACUUCCUGCAGUACUCGACCACCUCGACGACCUCAGAGGAGUUCUAUUCACAGCUGCGAGAGGUGCGGCGCAUAGCGGGCGAGAUCAAUGAUAUGUUUGUCGAGAAUCAAGUGGAUGUCGAGAUCUUUGCCUACUGCGUGUUCUACAUUUUCUACGAGCAGUAUCUGACCAUCUGGGAGGAUGCCCUCUUCUCGCUGGGCCUGUCUCUGGUGGCCAUUUUUGUGGUCACGCUGAUCAUCACUGGACUGGACAUUACGUCCGCGUUGAUUGUGCUCUUCAUGGUCAUUUGCAUCCUGAUCAAUAUGGGUGGCAUGAUGUGGGCCUGGAGCAUCAAUCUGAAUGCCAUAUCCCUGGUAAAUCUCGUCGUAUGCGUGGGCAUCGGCGUUGAGUUUGUCUCGCAUAUUGUGAGGUCGUUCAAGCGGGCCGAAGGCACGGCUCAGGAGCGCGCUCGUCACUCCCUGAAUGUCACUGGCAGCAGUGUCCUGUCGGGCAUUACGCUAACCAAAUUCGCCGGCAUUGUCGUUCUGGGCUUCUCCAACUCCCAGGUCUUCCAAGUCUUCUACUUCCGCAUGUAUCUGGGCAUUGUCCUGAUUGGCGCCGCACACGGACUGAUCCUUCUGCCCGUUCUGCUGAGUUGCAUGGGGCCGCUCAAGCGCAUGUCUAGGACCUCCAGUGCAGCACCUGUCGACCCAACGACAACAGCCACCUAAUCUGAGAUCCCAGCAUUAUCCAUAUAGUCUAGGAAUAAGAAUACACGAUCCAUAUAGUUCAUAGAGUGUGCGUAGGGUUCAUAAUUCCAUAAUACAAUUUUUUUUUAUUUC